CAGCUGACAGUGAAAUAUGUGACACGUCUGAUCCUGAGCUAUAAACCUGCUGCUCCUGCAUGUGGACGGGACAAUACACAACAGCAUCCAGUUGUGGAUUUUGCUGAGCCAAAAAGCAGCAUCAUGUUCUACGGUUCAUCAUCAGGGGCCAGUAUGUCCCUACCAUCUAAAAGCCGCCUGAAACGCCAGAGCAGGACCUUCACACAGGUUCUCUAUCGCACUCUGAGUUACCGAGACCGUGUCCCAGCAGAAGGAGGUACCAUGACCCGUGGGGGCCGCCGCUCAGCAACUGAACCGCCUGAGUGCCCAGUGGACGAUCCAGCUGAACUUUCCACCCAGAGCUCUGCCCCCGGUGUGUUGAAGAUUUUUGGAGAUGAAAUUUGCGCUGGUGCCAACUACAAAAGUGUCCUGGCCACACCACGUUCCAGUGCGCAAGAACUGGUCAAAGAGGCGCUUGAACGUUACUCACUCAGCAAAGCUACAGCUCAUUCUUAUGUCCUCUGUGAUGUGAUUGGACGUUUGGACGGUGUGGGUGGGAUGGAAGGAGGAGGUUGGCGGACAGAAUGCUUGCGUGCUCUGGGUGACAAUGAAAAGCCACUGUUGCUCCAAGAACUAUGGAAGCCCAGAGAGGGACACGCUCGCAGGUUCGAGCUGCGCAGGAGAGCAGAGGUGGAGGAACUCAACGCAAAAGAUAAGGAUACCAUUACAGCUGGGAUCAAACCCCCACAAUUCCUGGCGGCUCUAAUGGGUCGAUCUGGGCUGGGCAAACACAGGAACUCCCCCCUGCGGUCUGUUCGAGUGGUACAGUCCGGCUCUAAAGAUAUUAAUGCCCAGGCACGUAAGCUCCAAAGGAACAGGGCGAAGGGGACGCUGACCCUGCCCCGGUCCAGCAACUCAUCCUUCUGUCGCAGUCUCAGUGAGACCAGCCUCAACCAGCUGGAAGUGGGAGAGGAGUCCAAACGUUAUUAUUCCACUCUACCGGGGCCGGUAAGGGGUCGAGAGCGUGAGGUGACCUCCAAUGGACGGAGGAAAGAGGAAGGAAGUCACGGAGGAGGAGUGAGGCACUCACUUUACCAGUCCCCUCACCUGCUGCUGCUGCAGGGCUACAAUAAGCAGGACUGUCUGGUGUACCUGCUGAACAGAGAGCAGCAUACAGUCGGUCAGGAGACGUCAUCAGCUCGUCCCAACAUCUGCCUGUUUUCUCCUGAUAUCUUACCCCUCCACUGCCGCCUGCGCAGAGUUCCUGCCCCACGGCGUCAUGCCAACAACAAGGGAGAAGAUGUGGCUGAUAAUCAGCGGUUUUGUGUGGCUGUUGAGCCUGUGCUCAACGCCACAGUCUUGGUUAACUUUUCCCGCUGCGAGCGUUCCAUCACACUGCAACACGGUGACCUCCUCUCUUUUGGGGCGCACUACAUCUUCUUGUACAAGGACCCCACAGGUGCGAAACCAUUGCCUGCUCAGACGCUGGCACGGCUUCGAACCCUAGGGCAGCUUUAUGAUGGCGGGGUGGAGGAAGGAGAAGGCGGUGCUCAGGUUUGUAAGAUGUGUGGCUCUGCGCUGAAGGACAGACUACCACAGGUGUCGAGUGUUGCAGCAACUAGGCGCUGCUUCAAACCUCACCUGGUAAAGCCCCGCAGUGUGGGAACCACAGCAGUUGGACACGCUGGGUUGACAGGAGUGGAAGGAGGUGGUGGACGUGCAGGAGGAGGAGGAGCUCAGAAAAGGAGGCUGCAGCUGGAGUUUGACCAGGCUCAUGAAGACCAGCUCUUGAACAGGAUUAUGUCCCUCAUAGAACCAGGAGGAGAUGACCAUAAACUAACACCAGCAUACCUGUUGUGUCUGUGCAUACAACACUCUGCCUCGUCCUUCCCGCCUGGAAGUUUUGGAAAACUGCUGCUUAAAAUCGUCCGUAGAAUUCAGACCAUUGCAUGGGAAAAGACAAAGGAGCUGGCUCAGAAGCAAGCUCAGCACCAGGACCCAGCUUCUCUGUCUCUGCUUAGUAUCUCAGACCUGGUCCCAGACCUGCAGACCAUAUUCUUCUGGAUGUCCAACUCAAUAGAGAUCCUCUAUUUUAUACAGCAAAGAGCACCAGCUUACACUCACAGCAUCGAUACGCUGCAAGGGUCAAAGGAGUCCUUGCUAUCAGCGACCAUAUCAGCCAAUGAGGAGGCAAUGAGUAUCUUGGAAGAAGUUAUCAUGUACACAUUCCAGCAGUGUGUCUACUAUAUUACAAAGGCACUUUAUGUUGUGUUGCCAGGUUUGUUAGACUGUAAUCCAUUCCCAGUGGACAACUCUGAGCCCUGUUGGAAAGGUGUAGGGUUUCCAGAACCUAUUCGCAGGGUCCUGCAGGUGUUCCAAAGUGCCCAGGAGCUUCUGCAGGGGUACCAGGUACACACGGAGAUUCAGGCUCAGAUGUUUGCUUACCUCUUCUUCUUCUCCAACGUCUCACUGUUUAACCAACUGAUGGACAAAGGACCAUCUCAUGGUUGGUUCCAGCGUUCUAAGGUGUUACAGAUCCAGGCAUGUUUACGGAUGGUUAUGGAAUGGGCCAACAGGUCCGGCCUGGGACAUCUGGCUGACAAAUUUUUCACCAAACUUAACAGCACUGUGUCAGUUUUGGCCACGCCCUCCCAACAGCUCACACAGCUGAGCUGGCGAGCGAUAUCCAGCAAACAUACGACUCUGAAACCUGUCCAGCUGCACAGAAUUCUCACUCAGUACCAGCUCACUGCAGAGAUCGGACCUGUGGCAGCAUGGCAGCCCAGCAGUGAGGACGAGGCUUACAUAUACAGAACAGUGGACCUCCUGGAGAGUUUUGAGAACCACCCCCCUAUCGUGUUGCCCAGUGCUGGCUUCAGAGUGGACCUGGACAGCGAGUGCGUAGAAGACAGCAUCUACAGACAGCUGCUCUACAUUCGCCACUUCCUCUGGGGGCUGCGCACCAAGAUGCAAACACACUGUAGCGCGCCAGCUGUGCACACACACUCUAACGGAACCAAUACAGCGGACUGGCCAGAGGUUCAGAGAGAGUUGUUGGCCCCAGUCCACAGCAGUCCCCGCACUGGGAGUACUGGAGAUGAGGUAACAGCAGACACGUGUGAGGAGAGGGUACGGGACAGAUCCUCCGGCCAAUUGCAUUGCAAUCUGAGAAGGAAUGGUGCCACCCACCAUCCUAGAACAGCAAAUCCAGAUCCUUCUUGCCUCUUGACCCCUCCCAAUACCCCACUGUACCCAGAGGGAGGUGGAGGUCCUGGUUCCAUCAUAGGCUCCAAUACCCAGACUAACGGCUGCUCUGGCAGAACUGUGGCAGAAUGUAAAAAGGCCAACGGACUCAUCGCCAAUGGACUCGAGGGGUGUAUUAGUGGGUGUGACUUCCCUUUCCCUGUAUCCUCCCCCGACGUCUCUUCCCUUCCUGAUGACUUGUGUGUGGUGUUUGUAGUGGAACUGGACAAAGGACCUUAUGGACUGGGCAUGGGACUCAUAGACGGUCUGCACACUCCUCUCAACGCUCCAGGCAUUUACAUCCGGACUCUGAUCCCAGACGGCCCCGCUGCAUCCGAUGGAAGACUGAGGAUUGGAGACCGCAUCCUGGCCGUAAACGGAACCAGUCUGAUAGGUGCAGAUUACCAGAGCGCCGUGGAUCUGAUUCGGCUGGGAGGCGGUCGGCUGCGGUUCCUGGUAGCCAAGUCUGACCCAGAGAUCUCAGAGAAGAUCAGUGCCUCCUCCUGUUGACAGACUGUCAGCACUGCAGCCCUGCUGAGGAAGCCGAGAUGACGAGCGGAUGAAGCCGUGAGAACAAUAAUGCCCACAUACAUUACAGGACAAAUGUGAAGCUGAACGUCAGCACAGAAUGAAGCAGUCAAACAGGAAAUGAACUGGACUCAGAAACCUGAACAGCUUCUAUGAACAGAAGUUGUAACACAAUGCGACAUACAAGCCUGGUAUAAUCUGGUUAGAAACACUGUUAGGAUUCAUUCUCGAUGUAGAACUUAAAGAAACAUGAACACAAAGGACGAAUGUGGGAGUUCUUCAGUGAGAAAGGAGUCACGCUCUUCAGAGGAGGAGGUGUUUCAUCAGAGUGGGCACACUGAGUAUCCUCCAGGGAAGUUGACGUGCACGGCUGGGUGGAAGCUGUGAGCUGUACAGGGAGUCGAGAAAACAGGCUGUCAUGGUCAGGAGGGCAGGCAGGUCAGCAUUUGUUUGAGGAAUUUGUGAGCAGGUGAUCCAAAAUCUUUAGUGCUUGCAGGGAAUUCAGAGCCACAACAUUCCAAACCUACAUCUUGUUGCAUGGCAGGUGAUGGCAUGGUUUGGAUGACUCCACUGGUCCUGGUUGCAGUACUUAAGUUGCUAAGUGAUGAGUUCAAGUACCUGGCUUGCAAUUGUCCUGGGUCAAGAUGAAGAGUAGACUCACACGAAGCACUAUGGACCAUGUCCGAGCACGCUAGAGACUUAAAAGUCCAGUUUGGCUAACUUGUUUGUCUGGCCUGUAGUCCAGCUGGACUCUAUCUCAGCCACAUGUGUAAUUACAAAUGAUGCUGCAACUCUAACGUCACGUAACUGGCACGACUGUUUAAUUUAAAAGUUACUAGUAAUAUUAUCAUUAUUACUACUUGGACCAUACAGUCUUCAUUUUAUUCAACAAAAGAUGGGUUAAAAUCUGGUGUGGUUUCUCACCAUAUUGAUGAAUGUGAAUCAUAGCCAGUGAAGAAAGCCGCAAAAUAAUUCAUUCAUUCAUUCAUUUUCUGCCUCUUGUCCGGGUUGCGGUCCCACAUUUCCCUAUCCUCAGCCAACUCCUACACUGCUGGCAGAUCAUGAAGUGUUCCCGAGCCAGCUGGAAAAUACAAUCGCUCAAGUGUGUCCUGGGUCUUCCCCAGGGCCUCCUCCCAGUUGGAUUUUCCUGGAAGACCUCCCCAGGGGUAUGACCAGGAGGCAUCUUCACCAGAUGAUAACGUUCGUGACCAUAGCUGAGGAUAGGGGCGUAAAUCAAGUCUUGCCUUCUGGCUCAGCUCUUUCUUCACCAUGACAGUCCAAUACAGUGUCCGUAAAACGUCACACUCAGCACCAAUCCAUCUGUUGAUCUCACACUCCAGCUUGACCCCCAUUCAUGAACAAAGACCCAGAGAUACAACCCCAUUUCCAAUGAAGAUGGGAUGUUGUGUAAAAUGUAAAUAAAACCAGAAUACAAUGAUUUGCAAAUCCUCUUCAACCUAUAUUCAGUUGAA